AAUUUUCUAUGAAAAUUAUUGUAGAGAGAAAAUUAUUGGUUUGGAUAAGGAGAGUCAAAAAAACAUGGAGUUGCUGUAUCUCCUGUGCUCCAUCAUCUCCACCACCAUCACCUCCCUCCUGCUGUCCGUCUUCCUCCCCUUCCGCCGCAUCUCUACCGCAGAUGCCUUACUGAAUCGCCGUAACUCCGUUUCUCUCUACCAAGGCAUCGUCUUCCACGAGCGCCGCCGCCCUGUGCACCACUCAUUCCGCUACUCCGUCCGCUAUGCCCUUAUCGACCUCGACAAUGCGCCGCAUCCACCGCCCAAUCACCUCUCCGCCGAGGAAGCACGUUCAGCUUCCCACACCAACGGACCGGUUUUUCUAUUGACUAUACCUCCAAGCGUGGGAUAUGAGCAAAAUCCCUUGAGUGUGUAUUAUUGCUAUGAUAUUGAAGGCGAAACGAAAACUCUUACAAAAUGCAUUGCUGAGGUUACUAAUACUCCUUGGGGUGAAAGAGUGACAUUUCUAUUCAAUCCAAACUCGGAUUUAGUUGCCAAGCCUCUUCAUGUCAGCCCUUUCAUGGACAUGAUGGGGAAGUGGAGCUUGAGAACAAACGACCCUGCUGAUAAUCUCCAUAUAGUUAUAUCAGUACAGCACCCCGAACUUGGUAACUACUUCACUGCAUCAUUGACAGCCAAAAGAGUGGCAUCUUCAGCAUCAGACAAUCGCUCGUGGUUCUUCUGGUUGAUGCCCCAUAAAGUCGCGUUAUGGAUAUAUUGGCAUGCUCUCAAGCUUUGGUGGAAAAACGUAGCGUUUGUACAGCACCCGAGAUAUCAGAAUUCAACAUAUCGAGAAGAUGCUAUAAAACGCGAUGAGGGUAUCCAUUUGUGUCCCUCAUUUGGGAACAAGGAGGCGCUCAACCAUCAGAGAGAAGGAACAAAAAUGUCAAAUAAUCACUGCUUCACUUGGACUGAUGCUAAAUGGCCCUGGUGUUGAAUCUAACACUUGUAAGUAUGUGUUGUUGUGUCUGCACAAAAUCAAAGCAUUCUCAAUCAUUUGCCAUGUAAUAUAAUUCUACAUAUUAAAUUGUUGUGAACUUGUGAUGGUGGUACAUUUGCCAUGUAUGAAGGAUUUUUACCUUAUGCUUCGUCCAUUGCAUCCAUGAAGUGUUACCUCAAUUCGUGCAUUCAAGUGUUGUACUAUGAAGGUUACGAGGUAUUUUCUAUAUAUUUUGUUAUAAUGAGUUUAUGUUUUCUUUAUUGUUUGAAACAACUAUAUACAGUUAUCACUCGUUUCAUUUUUGUCCUUGUAAUGUUAUUUAUUUAUCUCAGUCUUUACUUGCUAUUUUUAUUGUAUGCAUUCCUCAUACAUCACCAAGAGAUUAAUAUUAUUAUUACUAUUUGGGUUCGGGUUGGGAAUGGAGCCCAAUCAAGAUUUUGGUUCGAUCUAUGGACCGGAGAGUAAAUCCUUAAAUUCCCAAGAUUGUUCAGUCAGAAAGGCUAUAUUAUUCAAGAGAUGGGGUGUUGGGUUAAUGGACAAUGGAGAUGGACCUUCAGCUCAAGAAGGAAUUUGUUUGCCUAGCCUAGGAGGAAAAAUUAUUUGGAAACUUUAUUUAUGCUGUGAGUCGCACCAUUCUAAGAGAAAACAGAGUGAUUUGAGAGUGUAGUUGAGUGAUAAUUUCAGCUCCUUCUCAAAUUCUGACUUCAUUGUGUUUAUUAUGUAGGACACGAAGCUCAUAGAGAACGCGGACACUCGAGGAAGAUGCGAACGUUGCCCUGCCACGAGCUCAACUUCAAGUGUGGUUUCUCUUACAUGGAAUACUCAACACCAAUGAAACAUUACUCAGAUUUGGUGCAACCGAAGUUCAUGAUAGUUGUGUUUUGCGCAAGGUAGAACCGGAAGCAAUUAAACAUCUAUUCUUAUGCUGCAAAUUUGCUAAUAGUCACUGUUGUUACUCUCUCCGUCCCGCUUUAGGAGUCAUGGUUUAUCAUUUUUGUGUGUCACACUUUAGGAGUCCCGGUUGAAAUAUUCCAUAAAUGGUAAUAGGCCUCACAUUCCAAUAACUUUUUUCCUCUCACAUUUUAUUAUAAAAAUAAUAUACUAUAAAAGUAGGAUUCGCAUUCCA